GGCUUCUCCUCUUCAUUUUCUAAGCGCUUUCUUCUUUGUUGCACAUCCUGCGUAGAUACGAAGCGAGUUUAAACAGCUAAAAACCUCGGAUUUUACAGUGAACAACACCUCAGUAAUGGCGGAGCCAAAAACCAAAUACGAUCGCCAACUCAGGAUAUGGGGUGAGCAAGGACAGGCAGCCCUAGAGAAAGCCAGCAUAUGCUUGCUUAAUUGUGGUCCUACAGGUUCCGCGACAUUAAAAAAUCUUGUUCUUGGUGGGGUUGGAUCAAUCACAGUGAUUGAUGGAUCUAAAGUUGAAGUCAGUGAUCUUGGAAAUAAUUUCAUGGUGGAUGAAUCUAGUGUGGGGCAAUCAAAAGCAAAGUGUGUGUGUGCAUUUCUUCAAGAGCUAAAUGAUGCUGUUAAGCUAAGUUUAUAGAAGAGCAUCCUGAAGCAUUGAUCGAGAUAAAUCCAUCUUUUUUCUCUCAGUUUACAUUGGUAGUAGCAACUCAGCUAGUAGAAGAUUCAAUGGUAAAGCUUGAUAAAAUCUGUAGGGAGGCCAAUGUGAAGUUGAUUUUUGCCCGCUCCUACGGCCUUACUGGGUUUGUUAGAGUCAGUGUGAAGGAGCAUACAGUGAUUGAGUCAAAGCCUGAUCACUUUCUGGAUGAUCUUCGGUUGAAUAACCCAUGGCCUGACCUCAAAAGUUUUGCCGAAACAAUUGACUUAAAUGCGGCUGAUCCUGUUGCCCAUAAGCACACUCCAUAUGUAAUUAUCCUUGUCAAGAUGGCUGAGGAGUGGACCAAGACUCAUGGUGGUGGCCUUCCAUCAACUAGGGAUGAGAAAAAGCAAUUCAAGCUUCUCAAAACUGGGAUGCUUGCUGUAGAAGAAGAAAACUAUAAAGAAGCUAUAGAGGCCUCCUUUAAAGUCUUUGCUCCUCGAGGAACUAGUUCAGAUCUGCAGCAGAUAAUUAGUGAUAGCUGCACGGAAGUCGAUUCUAAUUCUUCAGACUUCUGGGUGAUGGUGGCUGCUCUAAAGGUGAUAAAUUAUACGCUGAUGAAUAAGUCUCAGCAACCACCUAUUAGACGCUGAUGAAUAAGUCUCAGAAAUACAUACGGCUAGAUAAUGAAGUUCAAGCGACAAGAAGCUAGGGUAGAGUAAGACUUAGAAGUCAGAUAAACAAAACUAUAAAAGUGAAAGGAGUUAUCCAGUUUCAUGCAGUAGGAAUGACCGAGAUAAAUUUAUAAACUAUACACCACUAAAUGACUCACAAAUACACACUCAUAUGGAUUAGAAAAAAUGGCAAAGAGGUUAAAUGACCCACUAAGCUUAAUCCGAACAAAGCGGGCAUGAGAGAUAGAAUAAAGUAUUUUCGAUUUCAUAAGGACCAUGGCACACUAAGAAGUGGACUUUUUCAAAAUGACCCCAAACAUUUGAUGUCAACUUUUUUUUUUUCCAAUUUGCUAAUUGGAGGAAGACUAUCAGUUGGAUUUAUAUUGGUUAGCUAUGAAUGAGGGGGAUUGAUUGGUGCCGAUGGCUCCAAUCGAAAAUGGGUGAAACUACUAGCAGGUUGAGUGGUUGAAGAAGGUUGAGAAACAAUAGUAGCUUUACAUGUAUUAUCCUAAGUAUAAAGAAUAAUAACAUGUAUUUGCAAACAAUACAUACAUUUUAAAUAUCCUAUUAAACGUCGACCCUUUAAACAUUGACAUUUUAAAUAUAUAUUUGCAAGCAAUACAUAACCACAAGAACAAAUAACAUAUAGCAACCUAAUCAACAAAUAAAUUUAUUUACGUCAAUGCAUAAUCACAAAUUAAAGUAACCACUCCAGUUCACCUAGUUAAUUCUAAACCAUGCUAAAAUUAUAAUUCAACCAGCAUUAAAAGAAAAAAAAAUAAAAGCUUUAUCAAAGAACUAAUAAAUAUAAACUAAAGCACGUGGAAGGACAUAAAAAUUUUCAAUGUAGCCUAAUCUCUAGCAGCAUUUCCUACCUUGAUGGUGCAUGACACUAUUUUCUUCUAUUCUUGUAAGGUUGUCUAUCAAACAAUAUAAUCGGUGCCUACUCUUGGUUAUUAGUAAAACAGAUGAAAUCAUUGAUCCAUGAAGGAAUGCCUCCAUCUAUGAAUAAGGCAUUAGAUACAAAAUUUGAUGAUUCAGUUUAAUAUUCUGAUGCUUUUAGUGAGGUGACAGAGACAUAACUAAAA